GUUCUCGUCCUGGCCUUACGGAUGUGUGGGAAACACAGGAGAACUAGUUCGGCAGCUUAAAGAGAAACACGGCUGUCCCGGAAGCAAGGAUGAUUGUUCUUAUGAAUGCAUGCAGCUGGGAUUUGAUGGAGCAUUCUGCGGAUAUCGCCAGCCUAAUUACUGCUUCUGCAAAACCACUGUUUCAGCAGAUAUGUGGGCUACAGAAGAAGGAAAAUCACUCCUUGUAGAAAAGCCAGGGCAUUAUCCGUGUACCAGUGGAGAAAAUUGUGACAUGUACUGCACGACGCAAGAAUACAGUGGUGGAUUCUGCACAGAUGCGGAACCCCAAGAAUGCCACUGCUACAAAAUGUCUUCAUACAGUAGUACCUCCUCGUUACUACCUAACCAUAAAACUUGGAGACCAAAAACAGAGGAUCCCUCUGCAGCUAUCAGAAAGUUGUUAAUGAGCACGAAAAAGGUUGCCUUAUUAAAAAUUUCACAGGCCGCAUGGUUAAAGUCGGAGUGCCACUGCAUGGAGUCAGCAUUUCGCCAAACCAUGAGCAACGAAUUGGUUCUAACUGUAGGAUGUCACAUUGCGGAUGUUCCUGGUGCCAAUUCUCAAAACCGGCCAACAGAUGAAAACACUGCAGCAAGACCUGGCUUUGCUGCUGUGACAAAAGCCACCGCUGACAUAAUAGUCAACGUGGUAAAGAAUAAUGAUGAAACUGAACUUCACCUCAGGAUCCUAAGCGACGCACCUGAGCUGCCUUUCGACCUGAAAAAAAAGUACAAGGUCCUAGCCGCAACCGCAACUUGCGCUGUCCUGAAGAUCGCAGAAACAAUAGGUGGUAAGUUGCG